AUGGCAUCUGGAUCCAGAAGGCCAGGUAUUACUACAGGUCUUCCUCCACAAAUCAAUAAAACCCCUCAAACGAAUGCGGUGACGGAUGAGGACAGGCCAGUUAUUACCACAGGCCCCCCUCCACAAAUCAAUCAAGUACCCCAAAAGAAUGGUGUGACAACGGAUGAGGAGGAGCAGAAUGGUGCCAAUGGCUCAAAUCGAAAACGGAUUCCAGCACAAGUUGUGAAGAACCUCUGA